GGCAGGGGUCGUGCGCAGGUGAGGUAAUGUAAGGGUUUCAGCUACAAGCAAGAGAGAAAGCAGGCAUGUCAGCUCUUUGUCCACCACCAUCUCCUGCAGUUGCUAAAACAGAGAUCUCCUUGAAUGGCGAGUCACCUUUACUAGCUGCCACUUUUGCUUACUGGGACAAUAUUCUUGGCCCCCGAGUACGGCAUAUCUGGGCCCCAAAGACAGAACAGGUACUUCUCAGUGAUGGUGAAAUAACUUUCCUUGCAAACCACACCCUGAAUGGCGAAAUACUUCGGAAUGCAGAAAGCGGCGCAAUAGAUGUGAAAUUCUUCGUCUUGGCAGAAAAAAGGGUAAUCAUUGUGUCACUAAUCUUUGAUGGAAACUGGAAUGGAGACAGAAGCACAUAUGGACUAUCAAUUAUACUUCCACAAAGUGAACUCGGCUUCUACCUGCCACUUCACAGAGUGUGCGUGGAUAGGUUAACACAUAUUAUACGGAAAGGAAGAAUAUGGAUGCAUAAGGAGAGGCAAGAACAUUUCCAGAAGAUUGUCUUGGAAGGCACAGAGAGAAUGGAGGAUCAGGGCCAGAGCAUCAUUCCGAUGCUGACAGGAGAAGUCAUUCCUGUAAUGGAACUCCUUUCAUCUAUGAAAUCACACAGCGUUCCAGAAGAAAUUGAUAUAAGUGACACAGUGCUAAAUGAUGAUGACAUCGGGGAUAGUUGCCAUGAAGGCUUUCUUCUCAAUGCAAUUAGUUCACACCUGCAGACCUGUGGUUGUUCUGUAGUUGUAGGAAGCAGCGCAGAAAAAGUCAACAAGAUUGUGAGGACAUUAUGUCUGUUUCUUACACCGUCAGAGAGGAAGUGCUCCAGACUCUGUAGAAAUGAGUCUUCUUUCAAGUACGAGUCAGGACUUUUUGUUCAAGGCUUGCUCAAAGAUGCAACAGGAAGCUUUGUGUUGCCCUUCCGUCAAGUAAUGUAUGCCCCAUAUCCUACUACACAUAUAGAUGUAGAUGUCAAUACAGUGAAGCAGAUGCCCCCUUGUCAUGAACAUAUCUAUAACCAACGACGAUAUAUGAGAUCUGAGCUGACAGCAUUUUGGAGAGCUAAUUCAGAUGAAGAAAUGUCUCAAGAUUAUAUUAUCCACACAGAUGAGAGUUUCACACCUGAUUUAAAUGUCUUUCAAGAUAUCCUGCAUCGAGAUACAUUAGUAAAAGCCUUCCUGGACCAGAUCUUCCAUCUGAAGCCUGGCUUGUCUCUGAGGAGUACUUUCCUUGCACAAUUUCUGCUAGUCCUCCACAGAAAAGCCUUGACUUUGAUAAAAUACAUUGAGGAUGAUACACAAAGAGGAAAGAAGCCUUUUAGGUCUCUUCGUAGCUUAAAAAUAGAUCUUGACUUAACAGCAGAGGGCGAUCUUAACAUAAUAAUGGCUUUGGCUGAGAAGAUUAAACCAGGUCUACAUUCCUUUAUUUUUGGGAGGCCAUUCUACACUAGUGUACAGGAACGUGAUAUGCUCAUGACGUUUUAAAGUUCUCCACUACUAACGUGCAAUAUUGCAGUCCUGCAUGGUGCGAGAAGACAUCUGUUAGUGUGACCACCACACAUGUGACAAUCAGUGACUGAACUGGGGAUGAAGCAUUAGGCAGAUACACUACAGUCUGUCUGAAGCAGGAGAGGGACAUCUUAGAGAGACUGUUAGCUUAGCUAGACAAUCAUGAUUGUAAUGAAUCCAUCUCUUCAGGUGUUUUUUUUAACAGUAAAUGUUGCCAGAGGUUCCUUUGCCAUAUGGGUUUAGUAGGUAAAUUCUAACAUACGUACAAUAAAGGGAAGCAUUUUAAUUUUCUUUCUCCAGAGACUUCAGGUGUGAGUCAGUUUUUCUCUGUUCUGCUGUGUCAGUAAUUUUAGUGUUUCUGCAGAACACUGCAUACAUCCUCUCUGAUCAUGGAGACUGUGGAAUAGGGGCCUUCUAGGAGUUUCAGAGAGCUUUUUAAAGUGUUUGUUCUUAUGUAUGUGGUACAAUCUGAAAUAGACCUUCCCUCAUCCCCCUUUUUAACAUUACUGGCUCCUUCAUUCAGAGCAUUUUAAGGUGUUUGAGAUUUUUAAUAUACUGCAAAGUGCUGUUUGGUGUGCGAACUGUUGACUGUUAGCAUCUUAAAGAGCAGCACUCUGCACGUGGGAACUGGGUCAUUAUUUAAGCGGCUUUGUGAAUGUAAGUGCCAACCGGGACACUGUGACACCUCCUGCAGUGUAGUGUCAGUAAUCCAGCAUAAUUGAGCUCUUUUAAAACACAAAACAGAAAAACGUGUCAUUCAGCAGCAGUUGUCAGUCUUUCUCUCUGUAAACUGCUGCUGUUCUUUCCCUUUAAAUUAGAAUAAAGUUCAGAUUAAAGUAUUAGACCUUCCCAAAAAACACCAAAGUGACUGCCAAAUUAAAGGAGGAAACAGUGUUUUUCUGGUU